AUGAUCACCGCAAGCUUCGUCGUUGCCCUCGCCGGGCUGGCCUCGGCCGUCGAAAACGCGUCCCCCUUCCAGGCCGCCGACAUUUACUCUCUAAACGGUGCCGGCCUGGCCAACGGCUUCAGCGGACUCGCCGCUCGUGACGACCAGUGCCUCGCCAGCCAGGCCGUUUGCGGGACGGACUUGUGUAUGCCCAAGGGAGGAUCCUGCUGCGACAAGGUCAAGGGGACGUACUGCGACGUCGGAUUCUACUGCUAUGCCCAAGGCUGCUGCCCCAACGGCAAGGUCUGCCGAGGCGGUCCCACGGACGGAUGCGCUUCAGGGAAGCAAGAGUGUGGAAGUGUUUGCAUCGCCGGCUCCAGCGUCUGCUGCAACCCCAAGGCCAGCUCCAACAAUGUCUGGUGUGAGUACCCGAAAAGCUGCGGCGCCGACGGCAAGUGUGUCAGCAGAGCACUGGUGACGGGCGCCUCGGCCGCGCCGUCGUCUACCUCAUCACCCCUUGGGUAUGCCGAUGCCACCGAGACGGGUGGCGUUGCGGCCACGUCUGGGGGCAGUUCGGCCAAGGCAACCGGUGACGGCGGCGAUGGUACUAGCAGCAAGGGUGACAAGAAGACCCCCGUGGGCGCCAUUGUCGGCGGCGUGGUUGGUGGUGUGGCGGCCAUUGCCUUGGUUGGCGUCGGCGUCCUGCUCCUCCUGCGUCACAAACGGAAGCAGAAGGAUGCUGCACAGGGUCAGAACAUGCAGCAGCAGCAGCCUCCUCCUAACCAGCCUCUCAUGCGGCAAUACCCUCCCCACACCUCGCCUUACAUGGCAAACGCGUCUCCUGCCCAGGGAACGGGAUGCCCUCCUUCCCCCCCGGGCUCUCCUCCUCCUCUUCAAGGAUACUACAACACUUGUCCGCCGGUGGGACAAUACUCUCCUUCAGUGGCUACUGGCCAAGUCAGCUCGCCAACCGGUACAUACUCAACUGAUCCUCGAACUGGUGCUCCUACCGUCAGCCCAGUUGGGUUUGCGACUGUGGGUGCUACGCCUACUCCUCCCCCCGCCCGCCAGGGACACAAUGGCAAUGAGAAGCCCGUUGUUUACGAAAUGUCUGCAAAGCCAGGCGACGACCACCGCGGCAAUAUCCACGAGCUUGCUUAG